UUUCUGUUUAAGCUAGCUAAUUGCUGUUAUCUAGCAUUUUUCAUGUUUUCAGUAAAACUUUCAUGAAAAAGUUAUUGAAAACACCGUUCCUAAUGCAAUUUACUUACUCUGCCAUCUCUCUGUAGUCCAACAGAAUUCGUAUUUUUUCAAAAAAAGGAGUUAAUUGGCAGAACUGCUUUGGGUGUGUUUUACUAUAAUUUUAUCGUGAAAAAAGACUUUUAAGAAGGAGAUUUCUAUCACCAUGGGUUCGGAACAGUCUGUGCCCCCUAAGAAGCAACCUGCACAAAGAGCUCCGCCUGUUAGAAGGGGACACACGAUAGCUGUAGCAAGUGCUAUGCCUGAAGCAUGCCGAAGCAGUGAUCCUACGGCCAGCGGUAACAAUUCACCUGGAGCCAGCGUCUGUUCAGACUCUGAGUUGCCGUACAUCUCUUACACAGUGGACCGACCUAUUGGAGACUCGCCAAAAACAUCGGCGAAGACCCAAAGACAAGACACCAAGAAGACUGUGCUGCAACGCAGGCAGCUGUCCCUGCAGGCCAGGAAGACCAAACGCAGCCGUGACAUCAUCGUGGUCAAGCCAGCAACGGACACUCAGCUUGAUGAGGAUAUCAGGAGACUGCAGGAAAUACCUACUUUUCUACCUAUAAUGCGCGCGACACUAGGCCUGCCCGGCGCGAGAGACCCAGAAGUACUAGAAGGUCUGGACCCGCGGCCCUGGGUGCGUCUCACGACGCGGCUGCAGGCGCACCUGGCGGCAUGCGCGCACCCGCUGGCGGCCGACCAGGUCAGCCUCGCUGCGAAGGUUAAAGAGGCCGACAUGGAGAUAUCAAGACUGUACUCCUCGAUGGUGGAGAAGCAACGUAACAACGCGCGCCACGCCGAGCGGCUCGCGCGCGUGCACGAGGUGCAGCACCAGCUCAGCCGCUGCAACUCGCUGCUCAACCAGGCAUUACAAGAUAUCGAAGAACUUAACAGUAUGCUACCAGACGACAAAAAGUUGGAACCAUUCAUUUGGGGAACUGAAAAUUAAAUAUUAUCUACGGAAUCAAAAAGCCGCUUGGAAAGGGAGAUUUUCUUUUUUAGGGUGGUAUUAAUAAACUAAUCUCAACUUAGAGACUGCGCUCAAGACAAUGUCAAUGUGACAAUUCUUAUAUAAAAACAAGGACUUGAGCAGGUCAGGUCAUGAUUCUGAGUUAAUAUAAAGUGGAAUUUCCUGUCGGAAAAUUCAUAAAAAUUUUAGUGUAUUUUUAAAUUAUUUUCAGUUCUAUACUUUUGCGACGGAAAAUUUCACCUGUUAUCAACUCAGAAUCAUGGUCUGAAUCAUUUCUCAAAGUUUUCGUUACGUUGUCACUAACAUCUCUGCCUACCCCUUCGUGGAUACAGGCGCGAUGUUCUGCUACGUUGCUAUAAUAUAACGUAAGCUCACGACUAUAUUUCCAAGUGGGGUAGCCAGAGGUACAUCCAUCGCGAUAUUUUUUUUUAUAAUAUUAAUUAAGUACCGACGCUUCACCGAGCUUUCUGUUACAGUUUUUUGACGUGACUUAUACUUUGCCGCAUAUGGUAUUAACUACUUGGCCGGACAAAUGGGGGACGCUGAGGCCCACCCGGCUUCUGCUCAAGUGUGGGCACUAAUUGGUGCUGACUCCAGUAAACACCAUCUAAUUUUAUUUUAAGUUAUACCUGUCAUUUUCUUAUCCGCCGAAAAGGAAAGGGACGGUUGAGUGACAGCUGUCAAAUUUAAAAUGAAUGAAUGAUCCGGCUGCAAGCCGUUUGACGUGUGCUUUUAAUUUAGUUCUGUCGGGUUAUUAGCCAAUGUAAAAUUCUGAAAGUAGUUUAAAUUUCUGCCUAAAACUGACGUGUCUUCCAUGGUAUAAGCCCAAUCAUUCAUUCAUUUCAAAUUUGACAGUUGUCAAUCAUCCGUCCCUUUCCUUUUCGGCGGAUAAGAAAAUGACGGGUAUAACUUAAAAUCAGGUGUCUGCAGGAAUCGGGUCCAUUAGGUAUUCAGUUCAUCUAGACGUCUAGAGAUAAGUUUGUAUUUAUUAAAUAUAAUAAUAAGGGACUUUCCAGGCUACGGUCCCCUAAAAUAAUAUAGAUGGCGCUGUACAGAGUU